AUGAGAUAUUUAAUAACGUUCUUGCUGCUUAUUUCACCAACUCUUGCGCAGGAUAAUGAUGUUAGGGGGCUAUGCAAAAAUCCGCCAGCUCACACGCAAACCAUCACAAGCAAGAUCAGUAUCCCAGCUCCCUACAAGGUUUUAUCUCUAACAAAAAAAGAAAUUCAAACCGAAUAUUAAAUAUUCAGACCAGCGGUUCUGUCACAAAUUGGGUGCAGUCGUCGACUAUCUUGCUCACUGAAACGACAACGGCCACAUAUCGCGUUCUGUCUCUGAAGUCGAAGUCGGAGGACAGAUGGAUCACGAAUGUGGCUUCGAACCUGACCAACUAUAUCAACACUAACAGUUCCUUUGCUUUUGUUAACAGAGAAAAACUUUCUUUUCAGAUCGAUCAUGUGUUGGAGAAGCAAAACCUCCACAGCUAAUCGAAAACCCAAGAUUCCUCACUCUUCUACAUGGGGACACCUCUUCCUCAAGCUCGCUGGUUACUGGUCUGAUUGCUCUGUCUAACGAACAUCCAGGCUUUUUGGUAAGCGAAACUAAAAAUUUCAGGUGUUCCAAACUUUUUAGGAAGGAAAAAUUGCAUUCAGCUCCAUAAGAUUAGCUCUUCUAUAUUUCUCAUGAUUAUUUUUGCCAUAAAUUGAAUGUUAGGUUGAUAAUUCUUUCUCUCUGAAAGUAAAAGUUGUAUUUUUCCUCUGCGCAUCUUUGCAAACUCAGUGAAGCGAACGUAAAUUUGAAAACAUCAAGUAGAGAAGGAAUAAGAUACAAUGAUAUAGUUUUUCUUCUAUGAUUUUUGUCCGUUCUUCGAAUUAUAAUUGCAGAGUAUUACGCGAUGUCAUGAGCUGUUAUUAUUGCUUCAAAACGUAUCUCAAUUUCUCCCUUAGCUCUGAAAAUUUUGAAAAAUCUAAGGUAGAUCUCAAAUUUAUAGCUGUAUCUUCCCGCUUUAGUACAUGGAGAAAUGAUUUCCAAACUUUAUAGUUUUUUCGUUCAGAAAGGAGGCGAACCGGAAGUUGUUGGAGGAAUGGAAACGGUAACUUGGAUAUCCUGCAUAGAUGGCAUUAAUGAAACGAGCGUCGCGGUUGAGGUUUCUUUUUUUCUGUCAUUUUUGUAUUCGUAUUUUUGAAUUCAGGUGAGAUUCACAGGCGAAAAAACAGUUCACCCAGCUCGGAAGUCUUUCGAUAAUCCCAUGUUUGUAUCAGUCCGCUUGACCGAGUACAAAAGUUUCAAUGGUUGAGCUUAUUUAUUUAGCAUCAGAAAAAAAUAAUUUUACUUCAGGAACCGAGGAUGCUGUGUCUCAAAUUUCGGUUGAAUUGGAUCGUUACGAUCUUCCAGAGGGAGGAGAAGAUUUUGUGAGUUUUUUUAGUAAGAGCUGAGCUGGUAACAGAGACCGAUAGCCAUAUUGUGAACCGCGCUUUUUCUCAAUUUUUAUGUUUUAUUUUCUUAAAAGUGACCCAAGUUAAUUUUGUCAGGAACGUUUGAUUAAUGUCUCCGUGAUCCAUCGCUUGAAAAAAGAGGAUUUUUUUAAACCAUAUCCCAGCCAAUGAAAGAAACAAAAAUAACAAAACUAUUGAUGUCAAAAUUUUUUUGCAUUUUUCCUGAUGGUGACGUAGUCAAGCGGAAUUGGCAAAGAUUUCGCUCGAGUUUUUUUUUUUGAUUGAAGGGCAUGAACUCGGCCUUUUCAGGUAGACCACGGUAUUGUUUGCUUGCCCAGAAACACUACGGCUCUCCCAAUGAAAGCGUUCGAUGAGUUCACAGGAGUUCUAUCGUACGGCGAUGGACAGGGUAACCGAGAAGUUUUCGAGGUACUUUUUCAAAUGGAAAAAAUGCUCUUAUUAAGGCACAAGAGCGCGAAAAGUUAGUAAUAGGCCGCUAGCAUAAUCGACUAAAAAUCUUUUUUUUCCACACCAUUUCGUCCAUCGUACAGAUCCCUCAUUUAAUCAAGUCUCACGCCAAACCUGAACGAAAAAUUUAUAAAAUAAUGUGUGAAGUUGUAUCUUCUGACUACGAAUUGAUCAUAUGUUUGUAUCCAUCGGUAUCUAAUUAUUUUCAGAUUCUUUAUUCUACUUCGAAAAAGGUCUUGAUUAUCAGCGGAGACGGUUCGAAUAAGAAAAUUUCGUUCAUCAACGCCACUGGAUUACCCACUGGAAUCAAUUAUCUCAUCCACGACUUUGCCCACGGUUUGUUGUAAUUUCUCCUAGAAAGUUCCGUCUUUUCUUUGUUUUAUUUUGAUCGAGAAAACUUCUCUUUCAGGUUAUGAGUUCCUUCUUUCUGAAAAUACUUGUGUGAAGAUUUCUCCACUCUUGAACACGACAACGGACGUCGUUGUGAACAAUGGAACCGUUACAAUGAAGCAAUUCGCGCGCAUCAUUGCCGAUAAUAACCUCGAAUUCGCCCCUUAUCCUACAGUCAGUUUUCGAGUUUCAUUCCGAUUCCGUGUUAGUGUUUUGAAAUCCUCUUAAAAAGGUUUUUUUCCUGCGAAAACACUAUAAUCAAACCGACCAUGUUUUUCAAAAAGAACUUCAUUUUUUUAGGACUCUUCUGCUGAUAAAGGAACUAAGAUAUACCGCGCUUUGAAUGACAUCGAUAAGACCGUCAUCGAAGCAGAAUUGGACGGGGAAUUCAAUCUCGUUGCCAUGCGUACAUACAAGCAGGUAAAAAGUUUUCUGUGAGCGAAAAAUGCUCGUUUUUGAUUCACAGGGCUCAUCCGACCUGGUUUCUACCCUGAAAAUCGCGGAGUCGCACUCGUCGUCCUUGACACGUCGCUUCGAUCACAUUGUGGACUGCUUCCAACCGGAUUCCAUCACUCUCAAUAAGACCUGGACUAUGGAUGUCAAAGACAGUCAGUCCCCAUCCCACUUUUCUUAACUUGUAAUCAAUUCAGAAACGAUGAAAGACGUUUAUGGGGUCGGUCUCGAUACGAUGACCGCAGCUAUUUCUUCCUCUCUGAACACUGUUGGCGUUAUCAACUCCAAUCGCAUUUCCGCUUUUUGGGUACUUUUUUUUGCGGUUUCUUGCCUAAUCAUUUCCUUCAGACGGAAUCAUCCAAGGAAGGGGUCACUCUUUUGUUGCGAGUUAAUGAGAAGAGCGAAAUCCCACCAGCGGCUGUUGGCUUCGAUUACGAGGUUUUUUGAAGAGAAGAAAAAAGAACAUCUUUUGGAUAUAUUACAGAAAGAGUUGGAAACGAAAGAUUUCUUCGACAAGCUCAACGCCACUAUUGCGAGUAACCAGUGGAAAAUCAAAAUUCCCAAGGCUGGGGAAAAGAUAGAGGUGAAGAGAGUAGAAGAAAACUCCUAAUUGGGGUCGUAGGAGUGGACGGUGGAUGCGUCGAGCGUCUCCUCGUUCCCGCAGAAACAGCAGAGCACCUUCGUCGGCUACACGGGCGGCUCCAUGUUCGUGUUGGGGAUCUUCACUCUCAUCCUCGGCGUCUGCAUCGGUCCGCGUCCACUCAUUUUCCACCUUCACUUUCUUUUUCCAGGAGCUGGAGGAGUGUUCUUCGUCGUGAAAAAACAACGCAUCUCUACGUUGGCCUACCAGGUCUUCGAGUAAUACAUUGUCAACUUUUAUUCGAAUUUCUUCUCUUUGACUCAUUUCACUAACUCCUGCAUAGACAAAUUAUGACACCUUUCAAAACCUGUGUUCAAUACGGAUUUGAAUUUUCCCAUGUCUGGUGCGAUAUAACUACAGUUCUUUUUAAUUUAUUCUCAUCAUAUGUAUGUAUAUUUUGUUAUCAUUCCAUUUUGCACAUAUGCCUAGCCAAAUAAAGUAUUUAAAAAAAAGUGUUUUUUUUUUCUUGUGGUAGAAAUCCCAAUCUUAAUUUCGAGUCCUGAGUAGGUUCAGUUUUUCAUUGGACUCAGAUGGCUCAAAGAGCCGUGACGUCAGCAAAAGAACGAGCUCUGCGUAUAGUGGAGGAAGCUUCGCGACUGCGUCUGCAAGAUGUCCGCGACAAUGUCGGUGCUCGUACGAGCGGCCGACAAGUUCGCAAAGCCAAUAAUCAAGUCUGCCGGCAAUGAAAACGUUUUAAUAUUCUUGAACUUCUUCUUUGAGGCUGGUCAUACUCAAGGAGCACUCGAAAGAGCGGCCAAACCACCUCUCGGCUGGAUUUGGGGCGACUUUUUCCGGCCCUGGCAGCGGAUGUUCCCUGGCGAAAGAAGCUUCAACGCAGAUAUCAAGUACUUCGAUUAGGAAUAUACCGAAAUUCCGUUCCUUCUAGCAUACGACGGGAGUAUAUACCGCUCUCACUGAUAGAACUGGCUCGGCUGAUCGACCUCGGCUGGAUAUCCAAGAAAAGGCCCAUCGACAUCAGUGCUUUGUGCGCCACGCAAAAGUUUUCUGUCAAUCCACGGAUACGUCAAUAUGGCUUCGACCUUACAGCAGAGGUUUUUUUCAUUUUUCUUCCUAAUAAUUAAUGUCUCCUAACUUUUUGUUUGUGGUUAUACUAAAGAAUUUGCGCUUGCCAAAGGUCCCGAUGAUUUUCACGAGAAGAUUAUAUAUCUCAUGUGCAGAAAGUAUAUAAAUUAUUCUGUGUAAAAAUUUUUUUCAUCCAAAUUUCGAUAUUAUUUCAAAGAUAUUGUUUUCGCAUGAUAAGAAGUUUAUCAGGUUGAAAGCUUUAUCCUGAUCAAGUACCCAAAAGAUCAAGAAGUAUCAGGGGUUUCGGGAGAAAAGGUGAAAGGCCUUUUUGUGAAAAGCUUGGAAAUUCAUUACAUUAUUGUUUUAAUUGUAGGGAGCGGAUGAUUUUCCAUACGCAGUUGACAUCGAAGUCCAAUACGCGUCUCAGUCUGCAAUCGCUGCAGUGGAAAGAGCUGGAGGAAGAGUUAGAACAGCUUAUUACGACACGUUGGCCCUCGAGGUAAUCGGGUGGUCGGUUGGGGCAUAACACAACUAAUAACUAGGAAUGAAAUCUUUAAAUCUUUAAUAAACUGUGGGAAAUCCCAUAUUGAGGGCUUAUUUUCUUUUUUAGCUAUUGAUUAGGUGUAUUGUUCGGAAAAAGGUCGCAGUGUCAAGCGAUGAUAAAAAUUUUUGCGCUUUUGAAAACCCCGAAAAAAGCGAUUUUGCACAAAAAUCUAGUAUUUUACACUAAUCUGUAGGUUCACAUGUUCACAUAUUGGUCGAUCUUUAGGGGAAAACGUAUAUUUGUCAAUUGGAAAGGGAAAAAAGUUUUACUGUAUUUGGGAGUUCUUCCUUAUGGAAUUUCGCUUUAAAAAUGAAAAUUCUGAUACUCGAAUUUACAGCGGUUUAAAAAAUGUCUUUUAGAAACUAAACAUUAAAAAAAACUUCAAUUGAAAUAAUAGUAAAGGUGUUCUGAUUGAGGCCGCGGUUGAUCCGCGAUCCUGGUUCCAAAAAGGUCUUCCUGUCCCUGUUCGCCGCGCUCCACCACCCUCCCUUCUUCCGUGAGUUGAACCAUUUUUCCACAACUUCAAUUUCCGAAGAAUUUUUCAGAUAUUAUUCGGAUCCUUCAAAUAGAGGCUAUCUUUGUAACGUCGAAGACUUGGAAGCGGCUAGGAAGAAAUUAGCCGAUUUGAGAGGUUACCUCUUCACAGAAACGAGUGUGCCACAGGAAGAAAAAGAAGUCAAUCAGGUAAUACUCUAAUUUUAAAUUGAUGUAAGGAUAUAUUGAACGAUUAAAGCAAAAGGAAUAAAAAAAAAAGUUUAUCCAGUUUAGAGAUCCGACAGGUGAAACUGUGAAGAGUGGGUCUAAAACGUAAAUUUUUUGUGAUUUGUUAGCGUCCCACUGUUACUUUGACAUAGUGGUCUUUUCUUUGACGCGAUUCCGCCAUCAAAGCUUCGGGAAGGAUGUUCUCCUGAUAUUUCUCGUCUUUAGUAGUGCCUUUCAAUCAAUGUUUUAUAAUCUUGAACACUUUGAAAAAAAUUUGUAUAAAAAUUGUCUUUUUUGAUAGUCUAAUGUAAACCUUUCGGGAGCUCAUUUUGACAAAGGGAAAAGACAACAGAAACAUCGUUUAAUAUCGCAAUAAAACAAUGUAGUCGUAUCAUGCGAUGUUUCUUUUUCGAGCUCAAACGAAUUCAUUCCUAGGUUUUCUACGGAAUUCCGGCGGGCGCCGUCGUUUCUCUCGCCGACAAAAAAGUAUUCGCCGCGACAAACUCCCACCACUCAGCCUACUAUAACUCUCAAAGAUUAUCCGAUAAAUCGUUCACAUGA